AUGUCGAAAGACUAUUCUGCCGCGAUCACGGCUGCGAGCAAUAAGGCCAGACUUCGUCUUGGCUAUUGCGAAGAGCACUGCUGCAAGAUCGACAAGUGCCUCAAUUUCAACGAUACAGGAUCUGACAAAUUGUGCUACGAGCAUUCUCGGACGGAGCUGCAUAAGAAGAUCAAGCAUCUGGAAGACAGGUUGCGCGGCCGGGGCUAUGAGUCGCACCACUACGAUGAUCUGAAAUGCCGCCAUGACAAGCUUGCCAGAGACUACGACAGCUGUCUACUUCGGUUGAACGAGAGCAGAGAGGAAAUUCGGAUUCUCCGGAGCACUUGGAUUUCGGAGGAAGACAACCGCAUUUGGAGAAAGGAUCUGGAGGACCGAAACGCACGGUUGCUGCUGGACCUGGAGCGCGAGCAGAGGAGGGUCGAGCACUGGGAGCGCAAAGCGGGCGAGGUGCUGCGCCGAGUCGACGAAUUGGAGGAGCUCCUUGCAGAAGAAAGACUUCGAUUUCCGCCAACGGAUGGGUACGAGCGUCGCAUUUCGGAACUUGUGCGCAAAGUUGAGAUUCUCGAAGAGGAACUCCGCAUCGAGCGCGAAAAUCACACGCUGCACGAAGGGCGACGAUACGAAGUCGAAAAACUGUUGCGCACAAUUGCGGAUCUUGAGCGAAAGCUUGCAGACGAGCACAUUAGGUCGGCAAGGGUUGACGAGCUCUUCAAAAAGGUGGAGAUACUCCAGGCCAUGCUCGCUGGCGAGAGGGAGCAAAAGGACAUCCUGUUGGAGGACAUUGCCAAGCGUGAUGAAUACGACCGAUGUUAUCGUGAAAGAUACGAACGUCGUAGAUGGAGAAGGGGUAGUUUUGAGAGAAAACGACCGUUUCCUGAAAGGGUCGAGCGCGUCGUUGAACGAGAGCGGGUUUAUGGCGUCGGUUGCUGA